AUGCGUCUCAUGUCCCUGCUCUCCAUUGCGACCGCCCCAGUUUCGGAGCAGUCUGCGGCGCAGAGUGUGGCUGGAGCAAAGCUGCUGCGGCGUCGGCACUCCACCAGCCCGACAGGGCAGCAUCGGAGGACACUGCUGAUGAUGAUUAUCUUGACUCUGUUCGUGGGAGCAGUGGUGCUGGACUACGUCAGUCCCUGUCGAGCAUCGUCAUCGACGAGGGACAAAUUAUUGUACAUGGUGCAUUCAUGGGAUGAGUUGAUGACGGAACUAGAGGUGGUCCACUGGGUGGAUUUUGGAACGUUGGUCGGAGCAAUUCACUAUGGAGACCUUGUUCCCUGGGAUUACGAUGCCGAUGUCUCAUUCGACCGGCGCUAUGCUCGUUUGCUCCACGAAGGCAGGAUAGGAAGCCAACUGCUGAUGGAUUGGUACGGAAUUCGUGCCAAUGCUGCAAUGAUGGAGUACGAAGGAGUACAAGUCGAUGUCUUCUCCUGGACUUUGGUUCACAACGAUACGCAUCCCGAUCAGUCAAAAUAUGUCAAGUCCCGUCGUCGCCAUAGUGACUGGUUUGAGCAGACUUAUUCCGAUUUUGAAGCCCGAUGGGUUGAACCGACUCAAUCGAUGCCACUUGGGGGGAAGAUGGUCCAAGUGCCCGCCAAGCCUGUUGAGCUACUACAUCAGCGCUAUCCUUCACUUCGAUGGGGUCACAUUCCCUACAAAUGCAGUUGCUGGCUGGUAUGGAACUGGCCAAUAUGGAUGUUCCACUCAAGUCCCAAGACAGCACUCGAUAGAGCAGAAGAGGAGUGA